UCCUGUGCCGGCGGCGCGGCCAUGGCGGAGCCUGGCAGCGGGGAGCGCGCCGUGUCCGAGCUGCGGGAACUGGUGGCGGCCGAGCAGAAGCGCGCGCAGUUCACGGCUCAGGUGCACGACUUCAUGGAGGUGUGCUGGGACAAGUGCGUGGACAAGCCCGGCUCGAAGCUGGACCAUCGCACGGAGAGCUGCCUGGCCAGCUGCGUGGACCGGUUCAUCGACACCACCCUGUCUGUCACCCAGCGAUUCUCCCAGCUCCUGCAGAAAGCGGGGCACUGAGCGAGAGGCCUCCCCCCGCCGGCCCAGCGGACUCUCGUCAGCCACCCCCGAGCCCGUCCCGAGCAGUGCCUGCGCGGCACGGAGAGGCUCUGCCCCACGGGCGUGUCCGGGGCUCUCUCGCGUUUGCGUAACGGCGCGGUGGGCGUGCGAGGUGCGGCUUAAUAAACCAACAGGAAUCCUCCUCCUUGCAAGGUCGAUGGCACGAAA